AUGGGGAACUCGUAUGCAGGCCAGUUGAGGACCACACGUUUUGAGGAGGUGCUUCAUAACUCCAUCGAGGCUUCUCUCCGCUCCAACACUGUGGUGCCACGGCCUGUCUUCUCACAGCUCUACCUGGAGGCAAAGCAGCCAACCCUGCACAACGGUGUGUGCCGGGUAGAGAAUGAGGAUGAGGAGGAGGAAGAUGGCUCAGAGUCCAACAGCCCUCCCGUCCCGUACAAGAUGAAGCCCACGCCAGAGGGAUGCUGCACGACGGAGGGAUUCUGCCAGGCGGGUAGAGACCUGCGUCUAUCCUCCCUGGUGUCAGAGCCUCAAGACGUGCCCCCAGGAUUCCAGCUGGUAGGGGCCUUGUCUGCAGGCGCACCAGACACCCUGCUGGUGUGUGCAGUCGACCACAGGUUCCUGCCCGAUGAACGGGGAUGCAACGCACUGCUGGGGUUCUCGGGGAACUGUAUAGGCUGUGGAGAGAAGGGUUUUCGCUACUUCACAGAAUUCUCCAACCACAUCAACCUGAAGCUGAGCACCCAGCCCAAGAAACAGAAGCACUUAAAGUACCAUCUGUACAGGAACAACCAGGGACAGCUGGUCAGAGGGGCUGCUAUCUGCUGGAAGGGCCUCGAGAGCAGAGGGAGACAGACAGUGCCCAACGCCUCUGACGGGCAUGUAACCUCAGACGAUCACUUCCCCAACCCAGCAGUCACCGCUCACCCUGCACACACACCCGGGAACUACACAGCCAGUUUCCCUUUAGAACCCAUUGCCCCCCCUCCCCUGGGCAACGGGAGCCACAUCCCCCUAUCCCAGAAUCCUCUGCCCCAGACUCCCAUACUGUCGAAAGGACCUGGGAGACCCACAGUUAUAGGUACACUCAAUACGGGACCGCCUAAAAAGAGACACAAAGGCUGGUCUCCUGAGUCUUCUGCUGGGGCUGAGUCUGCUGUGAAGACCCCCCUAUCUUCCUCCUCCUCUUCCUCAUCACUCACCAAUUGGACCAAACCAGACAAUGCCCCUCCAGUGAGUCUGUCCCAGGGGUCCUCCAACUCCCCCUCUCCUCCCGGGCCGUCUGUCACAGUGCCUGAUCAGCUGCUACACACCUGCAGACUCCAGCCAAUCAUCUUCAGUGGUCAUGGCAGUCUACCUCGGCUGAGUGGUAAGGUGUCUGAUGUGCAGGUCAGUUCCCUGCUCCAGAGCUGCUAUCAGAACUGCCAGGCCCUGCCCAGCGUCUACCAACACUACGGACCCUCUCCCAUACAGCCCCUGUCUGUAGAGAUGCAGAUACUACUCACUGUGUACUACCUGGUGCAACUAGGUCCAGACCAGGUCCUGCUGAUUGAGGACCUGGAGCAGAUCUUCAUGCGUUCCUGGAGAGAGUCCCACCUCAGUGAGAUUCGCCAGUACCAGCAGCCCCAGCCUGGCCUCUCCCUCCCCCAGGCUCCCUACACCCUGCCUGGGCUUCCACUGCCCCAGGCCCAGCCUGGCCUCUCCCUCCCCCUCCCCCAGGCUCCCUACACCCUGCCUGGGCUUCCACUGCCCCAGGCCCAGCCUGGCCUCUCCCUCCCCCAGGCUCCCUACACCCUGCCUGGGCUUCCACUGCCCCAGGCCCAGCCUGGCCUCUCCCUCCCCCAGGCUCCCUACACCCUGCCUGGGCUUCCACUGCCCCAGGCCCAGCCUGGCCUCUCCCUCCCCCUCCCCCAGGCUCCCUACACCCUGCCUGGGCUUCCACUGCCCCAGGCCCAGCCUGGCCUCUCCCUCCCCCAGGCUCCCUACACCCUGCCUGGGCUUCCACUGCCCCAGGCCCAGCCUGGCCUCUCCCUCCCCCUCCCCCAGGCUCCCUACACCCUGCCUGGGCUUCCACUGCCCCAGGCCCAGCCUGGCCUCUCCCUCCCCCAGGCUCCCUACACCCUGCCUGGGCUUCCGCUGCCCCAGGCCCAGCCUGGCCUCUCCCUCCCCCAGGCUCCCUACACCCUGCCUGGGCGUCCGCUGCCCCAGGCCCAGCCUGGCCUCUCCCUCCCCCAGGCUCCCUACACCCUGCCUGGGCUUCCACUGCCCCAGGCCCAGCCUGGCCUCUCCCUCCCCCAGGCUCCCUACACCCUGCCUGGGCUUCCACUGCCCCAGGCCCAGUUCCUCACCCCCUCCCAGCUGCCCUGGCUGGCCAACCUGGCAGCCUCGUCAUGUGGGGAGGGAGUGGUGGUUCUGGGGGAGAAGGUCUCGAUGGCUCUAGGGUUGUCUGACACCUUCAGUAGGCUGAUGGAGGGACAGCUGGCUCAUACCAACUAUGUGGUCAUCAUCUGUACAGCCAAGGGACAGGAGACAGAGUCUUGCAUGGUGGUGACAGGUCAACACCAGUGUCGUUCCCUGACUGAGGGGAUGUUCAGUCCCAGUGAUAGUCUGAGAGAGAUCAGUCAACAGCUGUCCUCUGGCAUAACCCAGGAGCUCACUACCUUCUGCAACUCUCUGGGACCUGAAGGUGAUGUAGAUGUGUUGCUGGAGAGUGCUGCUGUGGAGAACAGGAGCCAACUGACCCCCCUGUCCAUCAGUCAGGAGUGUACAGGAGACAGCAGGCCUGUAGACAGACAGACAGACAGAGCUACAGGCAUCCCCAAAGAGCCAGCCAGAGACACACACACAGACAGAGCAGAGAGCCCCAAGGACUCCUGCUCAGAGUACCGUGUGGAGUGGCGGGAGGUGCGGCCCAUCCAGUUGGUGGUAGCCAGGAAGCUGCUGUCCCAUGUGUGCGCCAUCGCUGACUCCAGUACUCAGAACCUGGACCUGGGCUCCUUCGACAGGGUCCACUUCCUCAUCUGUGUCCCUCCUUCUGAGGUCACCUUCCAACAGACUGUACUGCAUCUCUGGAACUCAGGUGUCCUACAGAAUCUGGGGUUGGAGCAAGACUGUCUGUCUCAGAGAGAGGCAGAGCGCUACGUGGUGAAGAUGGACCAGGAGGCCAGGGCGCGCAUUGAUGACCUCAUACAGGAAGCAAACAGGAACCCCAACACACUCUUCAUUCUGGUUCAUGACCACGCUCACUGGGACAUCAGCAGUGGAGGGUAUGGUGCCAGCGGUGGUGACUCCGGCAGUGGGUUGGUGGACAGCCUGCUCAACUCCUGUCAGAUCAGAGACGCCAACAACAUCCUGACUCUCUACGUCACCUCGUUCCCCUUUGCCCUGCAGACACAACACACACGCAUCAGCCCAUACAACGAGAUACACUGGCCCUCUGCUUUCAAUAAUGAAGUGGAUCUGUACCUUGAGAAGACACAGUACUUUGGUGUGUGUGAGCUGCUGGACUCGACUCGUUCAGGCAGCGGUCUGCCUCUCCUCCGCUACGACAGCUCCUUCGAAAGCACGGCCUCUGUCCUGGAGGAGAGGUUCCCCAAGCUACACAGUGCAGUGAUCCGGACCCAGGUUUUAAUACAACACUACUGUGUGGCCAUGAUGGCCGUGUCGGGUCGGUCUGGCUCAGGGGGGCGGAGCCAACAUAAACACACCUCCGUCGAGACGCUGGAGAUCGUCCAGAGCCUGCUUAGCGCCGCCCAGCGAUGCCCCUCCCACCAUGGUCACAUGGUGCUGCUACGGCUCCCCUCAUUGGCUCUGGCAGGGUGGGCCCACCAACGGCUGGUGCGGAUCAGACAGAGACUGGGGCUGGGGGAGCUCUUUGAGAUCAUCCUGGGAAACCCCAGCCAAACCCUCAGCAUAGGACAGAGCUUCACUGAGCGCAUCAAGACAUGGCUGAAGAUCCAGGAGACAGACUGGGUUCCUCGUACCUACCUGGAGCUAGAGGCCCUGCCCUGCAUCCUCAUCCUCUCUGGGGCAGACCCCCUGGGAGAGUCCCUACCCAGAUCACUGAAGUACUGUGAUCUGCGUGUGAUAAGCUCCUCCUACCUGCAGCGCACGGCAUUGGAGCAGGAGCUAGGAUUGGCGGCCUACCUGGUGAGGGUGGAGUCCCAGGGGUCACAGCCCCACGGCCACGCCCCCGGCCUGGGCAGUGACCUAUCAGAGAGCGACUCAGACAAACUCAAUAGCACCGACAAUGAGGAGGAGGGGGGAGAGAACAGUGAGAGAUGUUCAGUUAAAUUAAAUACAACUAAAUUCUAUAUAACUCACCUCUGUGUUCUUCUCUAUAUCAACACUCUGAAAUCGGUUCUCCAGCCCACCCGAACCUUCCCCGACAGCAUUGCUGCGGACCCCCUCCAUCCCCACACCACCCCCCAAGACCCUCACCGCCCCCCCAACACCCAGCGCCGGCUCUCCAAGUCCACUUCCUUGGUUUCCUCCUCCCCCCUACCCCCCUCUCUCCUUCAGGGUUGCUCCUGGGCACGGGGGGUGAGCCGCCCCCCUUCCCUGCUGCUGCCCCGGGGACUCUAUGACAUCAUCAAGGCACGCGACGGGAGCGGGCUGCCUCGCUGCACCUCCUUCCUACCACACCGGUCUGUGACCUGGGCCAGCUCCUUCAGACCUCUGCUAAGUAAGAUGAUGACGUGUACAGAACAGUCUCUGUAUUACCGCCAGUGGACCAUCCCACAGCCUCACCACAUGGACAGCAGCAACCGCCCUGCAAAGGGGCGCACAGACAACUUCCAUCCCCGCAGACUGCUACUCAGUGGACCCCCACAGGUGGGGAAGACAGGGGCGUACCUCCAGUUUCUGGGCAUCCUGUCUCGUAUGCUGAUCCGACUGAUGGAGGUGGACAUCUAUGAUGAGGAAGAUAUCAACUUCAGUGGUCAGCUGGAGCGUGUCCAGUGCCAGCCAACCUGUGCCUCCUGGCCAGUCACAGACACACUGAGGGGCAUUCCGUUUGACUACAGAGUCCACAACCCCAGAUAUGAAGACAUCAGCACUGUCUACUGCCCUGGCUACUACCCCAACACUGAUGGAAUCCCCAGACGUCAGGAGGACGUGUAUCUGCGGAGGCGUACGGCCAGAAUCAAACUGUCUAAAUACGCAGCCUACAACACCUACCACCACUGUGAGCAGUGUCACCAGUACACUGGCUUCAACCCCGCAUACCAGAUGUAUGAGUUGACCCUGCAUGCCUUCACCUUCUCCCACCUGCUGCUGGGGGAGGAUAUCCAGCUCUACUUCAUCAUUCCCAAGUCUAAACACCACUACUUCAGCUUUAGCCAACCAGGAGGCCAACUAGAGAGCAUGAGACUGCCCCUCACCUCCGAUUGGAACCCAGACUGUAUCAAGAGUCCCAUCUUCACCCCAACAACAGGUCGUCAUGAGCAUGGCCUGUUCAACCUGUACCACGCCAUGGAUGGGGCGGCCCACCUCCACAUCCUGGUCAUCAAGGAGUAUGAGAUGGCUGUCUAUAAGAAGUACUGGCCCAACCACAUUAUGCUGGUGCUGCCCACCAUCUUCAAUGGAGCCGGGCUCGGUGCGGCCCACUUCCUGAUCAAGGAGCUGUCCUAUAACAACCUGGAGCUGGAACGCAGCCGCAGGGUGGAGGGAGGAGGGCCGCCAGCCGACGUCUGGCCCUUCAUCAUCCUCUCUGACGACUCCUGCGUCAUGUGGAACGCUGUGGACCUGGACUCACACAGUUCCUCAGGUCCUGUAGAGAGGAACGUGUCUCUGAAGCAGGUUCUGCAGCACAUGGAGGCGUGUCCUGACCUCACACAGUUCGGCCUCUGUGGGAUCAGGAAGUGGAGCAGUCACUCCCCAGGUCAGGGUCAGGGGUCAGGGGGAGGAGCUCGUCACAGGGAGCCUUUCUCCAGAGGACACCUCCACGACUUCCUGCUUCUAAACGUGGACCUGACCCAGGGCAUCCAGUUCAACCAGAACAGGUUUACGUGUGAUGAUGUUGACUUCACCCUGCGAGUCCACAGUGCUGGUCUGCUCAUCUGUCGUUUCAACAACUUUAGUGUGAUGAAGAAACAGAUCUCUAUUGGAGGAUACCACACCUUCAUCAUCAAGAACAAGAUGACUGAUGUCCCCACCUCGGUCCAGCCGUCUCAGUAUAUCUGUGCCCCGGACAGCAAGCAUCCAUUCCUGGCCACGCCUGCACAGCUACUGCUAGAGAAAUACCUGCAACACUCUAGCCUGUUCCCCCUUAGCACAUGCAACUACACACACCCCAUACUGUCUGUAGACUGCUACCUCAACCUGGGGCCUGAGGUGACGGUGUGUUUUGUGAGUUCCAGACCUCGCUCCAUCAACAUCAGUACUACAGGGCUGCUGUUCAGCGGCCUGUUGCUCUGCUUCUGGGAUUCCUUCGUCACGCCAGGAUUCCUAAAGAACUUUCACUUCCUCAAAGGGGCGGUUCUGUGUGUGAUAUGUGCUGACCGCAGCUCUCUGAGACAGACAGUGGUGAGGCUGGAGCUCGAGGACGAGUGGAGGUUCCGGCUGAGUGACGAGUUCCAGACAGCCAACGCUAAAGAGGACCGGCCCCUCUUCUUCCUCACAGGGAAACACAUAUGAACCCCCCUAACUCCUAAACCCAUGAAUAUCAACCCUCAACCCUGCUGUAGGUUCAAAACAGAAAGCCAAAAACUGUCUGUACUCUUCUAGUGGAUCAAGCCAAUAACCCAUGGAGAGAGUAGCUGCUAGUGAAUAUAGCUAUGAGUCUGCGACUUGUAUGGCUCUGUUUACUGUAGCAUUGCUGUGGUAUUUACUACAAUACUCCAUUCUUAUUGUAGAUAAUGAAGUAUCGUUUUUUUAAAUAUGUUUUUUGUGAUAUACAAUGAUUCAAUAUUUUGCAUAUAUUUUGACAGUUUUGUGUCAUGUAAAAAGUACUUAUCUAUGUAAAAGAAUGUUUUCUUUAGUGAUUUCACACCAGUGUUCUUCAAGAGAUGAGAACUCUUAUGUGUGUGUGGCUCUCAUUUCUGACGCUCCGUGUUUGUGGUCUCCUGAUUAUCAAUAUGUUGAGAAACUUGAAUUGAUGUUGUCAUGUUCUAUAGACACAAUGUCCUGUGUACUGUUAUGUUUUACAAUGUAUAAAUGUACAUGUUCU